UGCAGUGUCACUCUUCCCCAAUUCAGAGAGCAGUAGAGACCUUAACCAGGUCCUCCUCUCUCCCUCCUCAAAAGCCAUGGAUUUCGUGGAAUUGGAAGCCAUAGAAGGCCUCCGAUGGUCCUGGAACUCCUGGCCGUCUUCCAAAGCCGACCAAGCCGCUCUCGUCAUCCCCCUAAGCGUCAUGUGCACGCCGCUGAUGCAACAAGCCGAGCUCCCACUCCUCCCCUACGACCCCGUCACCUGCUCCCAAUGCGGCGCCGUUUUGAACCCCUACGCGCGCGUCGACUACACCUCCCGCAUCUGGUUCUGCUCCUUGUGCCUCCACAAGAACCCCUUCCCUCACUCCUACUCCAACAUCGGCGACACCAAUCUCCCCGCCGAGCUCUUCCCCACUUACAGCGCCGUCGAGUACGCCCGAACCGCCCCAACUCCCGCCCCGGCCCACAAUUGGCCCAACGGCGGGCUGUCGUCCUCGUCCUCGCUGUCCUCGAUGGUGUCGUCGUCGCCAAACUCCGGGUCCGACGAUUCGCGAGGGAUCCGACCCGCGUUUGUGUUGGUCGUCGACGUGGCCACGCCCCGGGAUGAGCUGGCGGCUCUGAAGAACGAGCUGCUGCUUGUGCUGGAGCAACUGCCGGAGACUGCUCUGGUGGGUUUAGUCACGUUUGAUUCCAUGGUGCGUGUUCAUGAUCUCGAGUUUUCCGAGUGCUCCAGAGUCGUUGUGCUUCACGGAGACCGGCAGCUCUCAUCGCUUCAGAUUCAACAAUUUCUGGGCAUUAAUAGGCCUAGGCAGCAGCAACUCGGAAAAAUGCCUUUUUCCCAAAAGCAAGGGUUCUUGCUACCAGUAUCUGAGUGUGAGUUCAACAUUUCAACUGCAAUUGAAGAAAUCCAGUCUUCGGCAGUCAAGCCUGGUCAUCGCCCAGGAAGGUCAACAGGAGCAGCAAUUUCAGCCGCACUUGGACUUUUGGAAGGAUGCUUGGUGAGCACUGGCUCCAGAAUCAUGGUCUUCACAUCUGGACCUGCAACUGUAGGCCCAGGAAUUAUUGUAGAUUCUGAUCUUGGUUAUUCCAUCAGAACUCACCGAGAUCUCAUCAAUGGUCAUGCCCCUUACUAUAGUAGAUCUUGCAGCUUCUACAGACAAGUGUCACAGAGGUUAACUGAUGCAUCUAUUGUCCUUGAUUUGUUUGCUUGUUCUCUUGAUCAAGCUGGCUCUGCGGAACUUAAGGAUCCUGUUGAGAGAUCGGGUGGUUUCAUGAUGCUAGGUGAGUCCUUUGAGUCGAAUCAGUUCAGAAAAUGUUUGCGGCACAUUUUUACUCGUGAUGAAGAGGGGUAUUUGAAGAUGUAUUUUGAUGCAACUAUUGAGAUAGUGACCACUAAAGAUGUUAAAAUCUGUGGAGCCCUAGGUCCUUGUGUAUCUCUUCGGAAAGUUAACAAUUUAGUGAGUAGCACUGAGAUUGGUGAGGGUGGUACCUAUAUAUGGAAGUUUGGUACUAUUACCAAUAAAACAUGCAUCGCCUUUUUCUUUGAAGUUAGUGAUGAGCAGAAAGUUCAACUUGGCUCGGCAUUCUUUAUACAGUUCAUAACACGAUACCGACAUGGGAACAUGGGAAUCCGGAAACGGGUGACAACUGCUGCAAGAAGAUGGGUUGGUAACCGUUCACCAGAAAUUGCUGCUGGGUUCGAUCAAGAAACAGCUGCUUCUGUGAUAGCCAGGCUUGCUAUUCACCGAGCUGAGAAUUGUUUUGCUCGAGAUGUUAUUAGAUGGCUGGAUGACACGUUGAUCCAUUUUGCUUCAAAAUUUGGAGACUAUGUGGAGGAAGAUCCAUCUUCUUUCCGCUUGGCAUCCAACUUCUCUCUUUUUCCCCAAUUCAUGUAUUAUUUGAGGAGGUCUCAGUUUAUUGAUGUCUUUAAUAGUAGUCCUGAUGAGACAGCUUUCUUUCGGCUGAUGCUGAACCGUGAGGGCGUGGUGGGUUCUCUUAUCAUGAUCCAGCCUACACUUCUCCAAUAUUCCUUUGACGGUCCACCCAUUCCAGUCCUCCUGGAUGUUCGCUCUAUCUCUCCAGAUGUUAUUUUGCUCUUUGAUUCUUACUUUCAUGUGGUUAUUCACUAUGGGUCCAAGAUUGCUCAAUGGAGGAAGCUUGGUUAUGAUAAGGAUCCAAAUCAUGAGAAUUUGAGGAAGCUGUUGGAAGCCCCAGAAAUUGAUGCACAGCAGUUGGUGGCUGACCGUGUUCCUGCACCGAAGCUCAUUAAAUGUGACCAGCAUGGUAGCCAGGCAAGGUUUCUUCUUGCAAAGUUGAAUCCAUCGGUUACCCAGAAUUCAACAUACACGGAUGGCUCGGAUAUUAUCUUGACUGAUGAUUUGAGCUUGCAAGUAUUUUUAGAUCACUUGCAGGAACUGGCAGUGCAAGGCUGAGGAGGAGGUUCAUUGUAUAUAGCUAUUUUGAUUCUGUCUUCAUACAAAAAGAAAUAUGUGAAUAGUUUUUCAAUAGUAAUGGUGUAGUUGCAUUCUGUAUUUACCAAACAGUUGCAUAUUUGAGUACAAGUAGUAUAUUGGCUUUUC